CGACGGCGACAUUUCUAUAAAUACCCAUAAACGCUAGAUUUGAAGAGAGAGAGAGGAAAAAAAACAAAAACAAACAAGAUCCAAGAAAAAGAAGAAAGAAAAGAAAAUAGGAGAGAUAGAGGGAGAAUGAUGAAGAAGCAAGUGACAAUAGUGGCGGCUCUUCUGAUUCUAGUGGCUUUAUCCUCCAACUUGGAUAUGGUGGCGGAGGCUCAAUUAGGCCCCGGAGACUGCUACGACGGUUGCUCCACCGCCUGCGUCCAGCGCGACUCAAGAAAGAUGUCCCGAUGCGAUCGCAAGUGCUCCAUUCGGUGUGGCCCAGAUGCUAAAAAGGCAAGAGAGACUGGUGCUUAAACUUUAUAUUCACAAAGAUCUGUUUGGACUUAUUUAUGAUGUAACCUUCGUUUUAUAGUAAUAGUUCUAUGCAAAAAAAAACAUAUUCUGUAUUGUUUAUGUUGUUACUGUAAUCAAUACCCAAUAAUAACAGCUGCAAUGUUCGAUUUAACUACCACUGCCAUAAUAUAUUUAACUUUCAAAUGUGUAUGAAACUGCUUCCCAAUACUACUCACCUUCUUGAUAAAACAAAUCCAUUUGUUCCAUCUCCUUAACAGUACAACAUAAAAUUUUCAAAAAAAAAAAAACACAUACAACAUAACUAUACGUAUAGAUAAAAAGAAAAAGUUCCCAUAAAGAAUCCUCGCUGAUCAUCAAUCUACAAGAUUCGAUUUUAGUGAUUUGUCUUCCAUUUUUGUUUGAAAUGAUUUGGAUCGUUUUAAUAAAUGGAACUUAAUAAAUCACAUGACAAAUAUUAAGAACAAUAUUUUUUUUUUGGGUCAAACAUAUUAAGAACAAUUAAGAACCGUUAUAGAGCAUCAAAACCACCCAACUAUUCAAACAAGUUUGUAGGCCAUUCUAAGAUUAAGGUAUUUAAAGGGUAUAUGUCACGUUAUGUAAAAAAAAAACAAAUGCGCGACGUAACUCUGUCUACUGUUAAGUUAAAAAAAAAAUCGUCUACUAUUCCAUAAGUGAUCUUUUUAGUCUUAUCUUUUAAUGUAUGUUCAUCGUGGGUGUAUCUAUUGUUGUUAAUUAGGUUGAUCUAACUAGAAGUGAAAAAUUAAAAAAAAACAGUAGAUAACUUUGCUGUAAAAUUGGAUAUAUAUAACACUAGGAGGGAAUCACGACACAUGUACAUGUACUAGCGGUCAAACAUGGCAACGGGAACAUUUCUUUAAAUACCCACAAAGACAAAACAAAAAAAAGAAAGUAAGGAAAUUCUUAAAGACAGAAGGAUGAAAACGCAAGUGAUGAUAGUGGCAGUUCUUUUAACUCUGGUGGCUUUAUCUUCCAACUUGGAUAUGGUCGUGGAGGCUCAAUUAGGCGCCGGAGACUGCUACGAUGGUUGCUCCACCGGCUGCGUCCAGCGGGACUCCAAAAAGAUGAUUAAAUGCGACCGCCAAUGUGCCAAACGAUGCGGCCGAGGUGGUAAAAGAGCAAGUGAGACUGGUGCUUAAACUUAUUCACUAAGAUCCAUAACGAUAUAAUUAUGUUGUAAUCUUAUUCCUAUAAUCGGCUUCCUCUGUAACCUACGUACUAUGCAAUAUUGUAACCAAUAAACCAAGUGGAUGUAGUCAGAGUGGUGAAGAAUCCGUCCUAUGGAUUGAUGUCAAAGUUAGAAUUCCACCAACUAUAGACCUCCACUGUGCCAUCCAUUUGUCCUUGUAAACUAUUCGAAAACUACUCUAGAUUUUAAUAUAUGAGCUAUCCCGAUAAUUAAAAAAGAUAUUUAAAGAGUAUUCCUAUCUA